GGCAUUUUCCCCCAGAUUAUUUUACCCCUAUCGAGUUGUGAUCCACAACAGAACCGCCAUAGCUGAAGCAAGAAGAAGAAGAAGAAGAAGAAGAAGAAGAUGAAGCUUAAAGUGUAUUCAGAUCGGAUGUCUCAGCCGUCUCGUGCGGUCAUCAUUUUCUGCAAGGUUAAUGGAAUCGAGUUCGAGGAGGUCGUGUUAUCCUUGGCGAAGCGUAAGCAUUUAUCCCCAGAAUUCAAAGAAAUUAACCCGAUGGGGAAGGUGCCGGCUAUUGUUGAUGGCAGAUUUAAGCUCUUCGAGAGUCACGCCAUCCUGAUCUACCUUUCAUCAGCAUUUCCUGGUAUCCCUGACCAUUGGUAUCCGAACGAUCUUUCCAAGAGGGCCAAGAUUCACUCGGUCUUGGAUUGGCACCACUCCAAUUUACGUGCUGGUGCAGCCGGAUAUGUUCUGAAUACCGUGCUAGCUCCAUCCCUCGGUCUUCCUUUGAACCCACGAGCAGCAGCUGAAGCCGAGAAGUUGCUAUCUAAGUCUCUGUCCAAGCUAGAGACUUUCUGGCUCAAGGGCAGUAAUAGCAAGUUCUUGCUCAGCAGCAACCAACCAUCCAUAGCUGAUCUGAGCCUUGUCUGUGAACUAAUGCAGCUGCAGGUUUUGGAGGAAAAAGAUCGACUUAGAUUGCUCGGUCCCUAUGAGAAAGUUCAGAAAUGGAUCGAGAAUACGAGAAACGUUACCAUGCCACACUUUGAUGAAGUUCAUGAGAUCCUUUUCAAAGCCAAAGAAAGAAUUCAGAAGCAAAGGGAGACUGGAACUGGCUCUAAGCAGGGACUCCGAUCUAAGAUGUAAAAACGUUAUACAUUUGGUUAUGCAUUCUAAUCAGAGGAAUUGAAUGAUUGAACUAUGCAAGUUUUCAGAUCAUGUUUGUGAACUAUAAACCUAGAAAAUUGGGAUCAAUUUGAACCAAACCGGGUUGGUUCGGUAUUGUGGUGAAGUUGUAAAACAAAAGCAAAGGAAAAGAAGGAAGCCAGUCCAUUGCUUUGGCA